UUGGCUGGACUGUGGAGCGCAAUAAGUCGUGGGGUUUUCGUGUUUCCUCCACUUGAGAGAUUAUCAAGGCGGUCGAUGGCCACCCCGCGCGCCACACAGCACCACUUUGCGCCGCUGUGAUACCCAGUGGAGCCCCUGAGACGAGCUAAAGCCCUGGACACUCAGUCUCCUGUGGACAACCAGCUCCCCCCACUCUCUCUUCCUCUUCCUCUCUCUGUCAGUGCGUACCCGCCGUGCGUUCUUCAUGCGUCAAGGGAGCACCGUGCGUAACGGGAAAGUCGUGCGUAACUGGAGACAGAUUUCACUCCAUUUUGCGCUGGGAUACUGAGGACCACUGGCGGUGUAACGCUCACUUGCAAGGACACUGAUCCGCUGGAUCGACAUAUUUCUCUUCUGAAACAUCUCCCAGCUCGUCUUUUCUCCCUCCCUCUCUUCUCUCUACGCCAGUCGUACGUCAGACAUGACGACCGAGACCCCUCAGCAGCAGCUGGACCCUCCGCCUCCUCUGAGAUCCAGCCCGGCGUCCGGCGUCCUGCACCCCGCCAUGCUGAGCCCACAAGCCGCCACAGAAAGCUCGUCCACCGCUGUCAAAGGGAAAAAGACGAGCUCUGGUUUGAGGCGACCGGAAAAGCCGCCGUAUUCCUACAUCGCUCUCAUCGUUAUGGCAAUUCAGAGCUCCCCCACCAAACGACUGACACUCAGUGAGAUCUAUCAGUUUCUCCAGGCUCGCUUCCCAUUCUUCAGAGGCUCAUAUCAGGGCUGGAAGAAUUCAGUCCGGCAUAAUCUUUCACUCAACGAAUGCUUCAUCAAGCUGCCCAAAGGGCUGGGCAGGCCUGGGAAAGGCCACUACUGGACCAUCGAUCCGGGCAGUGAGUUCAUGUUCGAGGAGGGCUCGUUUCGUCGCAGACCCAGAGGCUUCAGAAGAAAAUGUCAAGCGCUGAAACCCAUGUAUCGGAUGAUGAACGGCAUAGGAUUCGGCACCUCCAUUCUUCCACAGAGCUUUGAUUUCCAGGCUCCAUCCGCGACCCUCGCCUGUCACAGCAACAGCUACAAUUUGGACAUGAUGAGCAAUUCGAUGGCCGGGGGGUACGACGGGCUCAGCGGCGGCCACCACGUGCCCCAUAUGUCCCCGAGCCCCGGCUCCACAUACAUGGCGAGCUGUCCCGUGCCACCUAACGGGGAGUAUGGACCGGACAGCAGCAGCAGCCCCGUUCCGUCCUCUCCAGCCAUGGCCAGCGCGCUGGACGGCCACUCCCCGUACGCCAGUACAUCCGCACACUGGGCGUCCUCCGGCGCGUCCCCUUACAUCAAGCAGCAGCCUCUAGCCUCCAGCAGCCCCGCAUCCUCCGGUUUACACUCCGGCAUGUCGCCUUACUCCCUGGAGCAGAGUUAUCUACACCAGAACGGCAGGGACAGCCACUCCACCGACAUCUCAGUGGGGAUUCCUCGUUAUCAGAGCCAUUCCUCGGUGUGCGACAGGAAAGAUUUUGUGUUGAACUUUAACGGCAUCUCAUCCUUCCACCCCUCGGCUGGCGGAUCCUACUAUCACCAUCACCACCAUCACCACCCCCAGAGCGUGUGUCAGGACAUCAAACCCUGCGUCAUGUGAGCUCUAAUGUCACUGCGGACUUCAGACUAGAGAGGCACCGACGGCCACAGUCAAACUGCAGGUCCGUCACAUCAGAACAAAAAAAGAAAAAAAACAAAAACAAAAAAACGGACAUUUUUUAAUUUUCUCUCGCAUUUUUUUUUUUAAUUUCGGAGGAUUCAUACCAGGAUGUGUGUCACAUGUUUGCCUCCUCCAUGCAGCCAAAGUAGCUUUUUUUUUUUUUUUGACUUUCGGUUGGACUUCAGAAAACUAUGCAUUGAAGGAAAUGAAUGAAGAAAACCCAGAGGCCUUUAAAGAAACCACUUUGCCUAUAUGAACCCAGACAAGCGUUUUCUUUUUCCAAAUAAGUUUCAGAAACACGACUUUUUAAUGUGUUUGCUCUUGUAACACGUGCAAACCAAUUGUAUUCUUUGUACCUAUGUUCUAUCGUAUUAGAGUAACUACACACACGACGCUUUAGGCUAACGUGAACUGCAACAAACCUUGCACUUAUUGUAUAAUCCUUUGCCAACUUUUUGUCUUGUAAAAGGUUUCAAUAAAGCUGAAAUAUAUU